UGGGUCUGGGAGAGGUAUCCUCCCAUAUAUAUAUAUAUAUCUCACGCGUCGUCCUCGUCUUCUCCGUCGCUGAUUUUAAUUCUCCUCAACUUCAUACGUCUAUUAUUAUUCAUCAUGGGUUUGAAGGAGGAUUUCGAGGAGCACGCUGUGAAAGUGAAGGAGCUCACCACUCUUCCAUCUAACGAAGACUUGCUCAUCCUCUACGGGCUUUACAAGCAAGCUACAGUUGGGCCAGUGGACACCAGUCGUCCUGGAAUGUUCAGCAUGAAGGAAAGAGCCAAGUGGGAUGCUUGGAAGGCCGUUGAAGCGAAAUCAACGGAAGAUGCCAUGGGUGACUAUAUCACUAAGGUCAAGCAACUCAUGGAAGCAGCUGCUUCAACCUGAUGAACUAACAUAUGUGUGUGAUUCAUCAAAUCUGUCUUUCUGCUUUUAUUUUUAUCUUAAAGCUUCAAAUAACAUAGCUUAAGACUUGUUCUUGCUCUGGUGUUUUUAUUAUAUAAAUCUCUCUACUUUGUGUGACCUCGUCUUCAUAUCUUAAAAAUGCUUGAUAUUGGUCUUAA